CGUUGGCAUCUUUGCUGUCAAGUGUGUUUUCGGUUUCCAUGACAACAGUUGUUUCUCGAGUUUGACAGUUAUUAGAAUUCUUUCUUUUUCUUUUAGUUUACAACAAUAUGUUUAGAAACAAAAAAUUAAUUGUCUUUUGUUUAUUUUUGACAAAUAUUAUUACAAGUUUUUGCAACAAUGUCGAGUUAGACGUUAAUGGAUAUGUUGCUUAUUGUCCUUGCAUGGGUCGGUUUGGAAAUCAAGCGGAUCACUUUUUAGGUGCCUUAGGUUUUGCAAAGUCUUUAAAUCGAACUUUAAUUUUACCAGCGUGGGUUGAAUAUCGAACAGGAGAACUUAAAUCGUUACAAAUUCCAUUUAAUACCUACUUCAAUGUGACGCAUCUGAAAAUUUGUCACAAAGUUAUUUUAAUGGAAGAAUUUAUGAAAGAAAUUGCUUCAAAUGUUUGGCCACCGGAGUAUAGAAUAGCUUUCUGUUAUUCUCCACGUGGAAAUACGACAACUUGCAAUCCCAAAGAGGGAAAUCCAUUCGGUCCAUUUUGGGACACUUAUAAUAUUGAUUUUGUCGAUUCCGAAUUUUAUGGACCUAUGCAUUAUGAUAUGUAUCAUGGAGAUAUGGCAAAUCAAUGGAAGAAAAAAUAUCCCGUUGUUGCGUGGCCAGUUCUUGCAUUCACCGGAGCUCCCGCUACAUUUCCCGUUCAAUUAGAAAAUAAAUAUUUGCAAAAAUGUUUGCAAUGGACUGACGAAAUUUCUGAGAAAGCGAAAAAUUUUAUUAAACAAAAACUUCCAGCUGGCGCAUUCAUUGGAAUACAUUUACGAAAUGGAAUUGACUGGGUUCGAGCGUGUGAAUUCACUUCGAGUAGUCCGAAUCUUUUCGCCGCUCCUCAGUGUUUAGGAUAUAGAAACGAACGAGGAAAGGCAACGACCACAAUGUGCUUUCCACCCCUAGAUAUUAUUCUACGUCACGUUAAGCGCGUUAUUCGCAACGACAAUAAUAUUAAAUCGAUAUUUGUCGCUUCCGACAAUAAUUACAUGAUUAAUGAGUUAAAUAACGCUCUCGCCAGAAUGGAGGUACGAGCAUUUAGACAAGAGGGACGAAAUGUAUCUCCGCAUUUAGAUCUGGCAAUUCUCGGGAAAGCAAAUUACUUCAUUGGUAAUUGUAUAUCAACAUUUUCCGCAUUUGUUGCACGCGAACGUGAAGUGAAAGGUCUUCCCACAUUUUUUUGGGGCUUUCCACCAGAAAAAUCAGCAGCCACUUCAAGUACCCACGAGGAAUUAUAAAACUAGUCGAAUUGUAAAAAAAAAUCAUUAAUUUAUUCAAACAAUCGUGAGAUUAUUUUUUUAUAACAGAUUUUUUAUAUAUAAAAAUUCUAUAUAUAAGAAUAAUUUUUUCUUAUUCUAUUUUACAUAAA